GACGGUGGACUCUCGGUAGACUCGUCAUUAGCGGAUUCCUCUUUCGAGACGGGAAUUGCUGCGGGAGAUGCCCACGAGGAACGCGACGAGGUCAAGGAAGUGCAGAAGCUGGCAAAGAAAGAAACUUCGUACAUUCGAUUUUGGCGACUCGUUGUGAUCCUCUCCUUACUUGUCACUGGUGCCGUUGUUUCAACCUUGACAUUUGUCUUUUUGAAGGCGGAAGAGCAAGAUGAUUACGUGGAUGCGUAUUAUCUCUUUGCCAACACGGUUGGAGACAUAACUCAAUUUCGUGUCGAGAAUAUGUUUGAAGAGGUAAACGGAAUAAGCAACAUGUUGACGGCACACGCCAACGACAGCGGACAAUCAUUCCCAUUAGUAACUCCCUUGCCUCAGUUCGAGGUCCAUGGAGACCAUGCUCGGGUACAGUCAGGCAUCGAAACUUUUAGUUACUUGCCCUUUAUAAAAUCGGAAACGCGUGCGGCAUGGGAGCAGUUUUCGGCUCAGAAUCAGGAUUGGAUUGCCGUAAGCAGGAACGUUGCUCUCGGCCGCGACGAUACAAUAAGUGAAACGGACUAUGUCGUCGCCAAUAUAACGCCAGUUAUCUUCGAAUUUUCCGAGACUGGCCCAGGCUAUGCGCAACCGGGAAAAGCCUUGUACGCGCCAGUUUCUCUGACGAGCCCACCACCCUUCAAUCCUUUCAUUCUGAAUUUUGAUCUGACGUCCGUUCCAGAGGUACCCCCUCUUGUUGACGCGAUGGCGGCAUUAAAAGAUUCUGUGCUAUCUCCCAUAACGGACGUAUCUGUCAUUGCCGGAUCAACGUACUCGGCACAGGAUCAUCAGACAUACCAUGAUUUGUUUGUGACAAGCGUAGGAAACGAAACUGUCGGAGAAAGACCGCAUAGUUUCAUGUAUACGCCUGUCUAUCGUGAACUCGGAAAUGAUAGCUCUCCAAUGGUAGGAUUAAUUCUCUCUACAUUGGCGUUCGAUCGCUACAUGGCAGACUUGCUUCCUGACAAAGUCAGCGGAAUAUAUGCUGUGCUGGUGAAUUCUUGCGGAGAUUCACAUACGUAUGAGUUGACGGGUAGCCGCGCCAUCUAUUUAGGCAGUGGAGAGCUAUAUGAGCAAGCGUAUGCCAACCUUGAGGUCACGGUGCCUUUUUCUGCAUACAAACGUCCCGAGGCUGCAAGCAGCAUCGAAGGACACUGCUUGUUUCAGCUUCGUUUAUAUCCGGGGAGCUCGUUUGUCGAAGGGUAUCGAACCAACCAACCGACAAUUUUUGCAACAGCUAUCGCCGUUACGUUCUUUCUCAUGGCCAUGACGUUCUUGAUCUACGACCGUUUCGUAAAUCGCCGCAAUGCAAAGGUUGUCAAUGCCGCCGCCAGAUCUAACGCCAUCGUGUCAUCUCUGUUUCCUUCCAAUGUUCGUGAUCGUAUCUACGAAGAAGCUGAAGAGAAGAACAAAGCGGCUAAGAAUUCAAGUAUGCUUGCGCCGCAGUCUCGUUUGAAGGAUUUUUUGAACAACGGAGGCUUCGAUGCGGAAGUGCUGGAAGACGAGGACGACAUUGCAGUAUUCAAGACGAAACCGAUCGCUGAGCUUUUCCCAGAGACCACGAUAAUGUUUGCAGAUAUUGCAGGUUUUACCGCCUGGAGUUCCAGCCGAGAACCAGCUCAAGUUUUCAUGCUUCUUGAAACCCUUUACCACGCCUUUGAUGAUAUUGCCAAGAAGCGACGCGUAUUUAAGGUAGAAACUGUUGGUGACUGUUACGUAGCCGUCUCAGGACUACCCGACCCUCGCAAGGACCACGCUGUGGUCAUGGCGCGCUUUGCCAAGGACUGUAUGCAUAGAAUGCACUUUCUCACGAAAAGGCUGGAAGUCUCCCUUGGUCCCGACACUGCGGAGUUGUCACUACGAAUCGGGUUGCACAGUGGACCAGUCACUGCUGGUGUGCUCCGUGGUGAACGAUCUCGCUUUCAGCUGUUUGGCGACACAAUGAACACAGCAUCUCGCCUAGAAUCGACUGGUCUUCGAGAUCGAAUUCAAAUUUCUCAAGAUACGGCCAAUAUCCUUAUUCGAGCAGGGAAAGCGGAAUG